ACCUUUGCAAAAUUGGAUGGUCCAAAUAUGUGAAUAACCAUACACCAACAUCUGAAAUGUUCCAAAUGGAAGGUGGAGAACAUGAGAAAAUGACACCAGAAGAAUUAAAGAAAUUCUGUCCUGUUGGUAAAGUGACCAAGAUAGAAUGUACAACUAUUAAUAAUGUAUCAUCUAUAAGUAACGCAGAACAACUGACAUGUAAAUUAGAUUCUGGUUUACAAUGUGAGAAUGCUGAUAAUUUCCCAGCACCAUGUUCUGAUUAUAGAGUUCGAUAUUUCUGUCAAUGCCCACAAUUAGUAACUUUUAAAGAUGGAUACACUGGUAACCCCACAACAAUGAGAAUAGGUAAAACCACAGCAACAUGGCAGUCACCAGAAAUUACUGAUAUAACACCAACAUACAUAGUUCCAACGCCAUGUAAGGAAGAUAAAUGGUCCGAAUAUGUGAAUAACCAUACACCAACAUCGGAAAUGUUCAGCAAUGAAGGCGGAGAACAUGAGAAAAUGACACCAGAAGAAUUAAAGAAAUUCUGUCCUGUUGGUAAAGUGACCAAGAUAGAAUGUACAACUAUUAAUAAUGUAUCAUCUAUAAGUAACGCAGAACAACUGACAUGUAAAUUAGAUUCUGGUUUACAAUGUGAGAAUGCUGAUAAUUUCCCAGCACCAUGUUCUGAUUAUAGAGUUCGAUAUUUCUGUCAAUGCCCACAAAUAUGUAAAGAUAUGACAUGUCCAGCCUUAGUGAAACCUCCAUUAGAUGUAGGUGAAGAUGUAAAAAUUGCAUUAACAACAGAUGGAUGCUGUAGACAAUAUGUUAAAGUUUGUAAUUCACAUCUUUGUCCAGUUUCUGAAGAAAAUUGUGAAACGCCAAAAUAUCUGAUCCAAAAUGGUGGAACUAAUUGCUGUCCUAAAUUUACUUGCAAAUGUCCGGAUAAAUGUCCAGUACAAACAGACCCAGUUUGCUUAAAGGCUAGUAAAUUGAUUGAAAUUAAUACAGAAUGUAAUUGUAAGCAAAAAUUCUGUGUUCCACUGGUACCAGAGUGUAGAUACAGAAUGACUAGCCUUGCAGAACUGAAAUCAUUUAAGGCAGGAGAAACAUGGAAUGAUGGACUGUGUAAAUCUUGCACAUGUACAAAAUUAUCAGACGGCAAUGUGCAGACAUCUUGUCAAAACCAACAAUGUUCUCCUUGUAAACCGGGUGAGAAGAAAGUUACUCAACCGAACAAGUGUUGUAGUGAUUGUCAGCCUAUAGGAUGUUAUAUGGAUGGCAAAAUUUACAAGGAAGGAGAGACAAUGCCAUCAACAUUAAAAUGUCAUAGUAAGCAAUGUAUAAGAGAUACAGUUCAUGGUAGUUUCGUUGUUAGAGAAUCACAGACAACUUGUUUAGCAUUAGAUAAAUUACCCCCUUGUAUAACAGAUGUUGUAGUGUAUGAUUCUAGUGGAUGUUGUGCUACCUGUGUUCCAAAAACAUCAACUAAUUCUACUGACACCUGUCAUUCUUGUCAACCAAAGCUUAUGUUCACUCACCCUAAACAGUCAGUUGGUUAUUUCACAGUCACAGAUAAUGGUGAAAAAUGUCAGAAUAGUCAGCCAAUCAGUGAUUUGAAACUUUGCUCUGGCUCAUGUGACUCUUCUUCCACAUACACAGACAUUAUGAGUGGUGUUAAAAACACAUGUAGCUGUUGCCAGCCAACCAAAACUAAUGUACAAAAUGUCCAAUUAGCAUGCAGCAGCGGUAGAACAAUCACCAAGUCUUAUGAUAUACCUGAAGCUUGUGCGUGUGGUUUAUGCAGUUAAUAAACGAGAACCUGUUAUGAAUAAUGGACAUGAAAAUUGAUUUUUAUGUCAAUGAAUUUUAUGAUAUAUUAAAGUCUUUAAGAUAUUAGA